AACAUGAUUACACACACAGCGCGCAUGCGUACGCGCAGGCCUUGUGGGCGGGCGAGCUUGCCUGCAACAGUGUAUACGUACGUCGUCGCCAGCUAUUUAGACAUUCCGUCAGGUAAACCUGGCCUCGUAUUACCGUGUGAAAUCCCCAAGAUGAAGUUCGUACUGUUGGCAGCGUCUCUAGCCGUGAUUUUGUGCGUGAGCGCUCGCUCUUUCCCAUUUCCUGGAGAAAGCAACCGAGGAACCGGACAAGGAUGGGGUAACGCUGAAAACGAAGAACAGAAAUUUGAUGGUGAGGCUCAGUGGUCUAGAGAGCCCGCAGCAGACUCGCAAGAAGAAUGGCCCACCAAAGACAGGUUCCAGGGCCGCGAGAUGGAAGAACCGGAGUGGGAUAACAACGACCGUCUCCAAAACAAAUUCGAAAUCAAGAAGCAGCAGUGGCUCGCGCAGCAGUUGGCGUACGCUCAGUCCGUUCCUCAGGGAGGUUUUGCAGACAUGAACGAGGAGGAUGACGAGCCUUCGAUGCUUGGACGUGAGAAUGAAGUGGAGUUUCAGCGGAACCAGCUCGCGGCUAAUGAAGCGGAAAAACACGCAGCGUUUCAGGAUAAUUUCUGGGGCAACAAUGAAGCUAACCAGAACGAUUUCGAUGAGGACAGUGUAAACCUACAAGAAGACCGGGGACCUGACACAAAUAAAGAAUUUUCCCCUGACGAUAUCAUGAUCCAAUUCUUCAACUCUCCUGGCGACCCUGAUGAUGCAACUCUGCAAGAACCAGAUUGGAACGACCGAGAUUUCUUGAAGGAAGAAUAUGACAAAGGAUUGAUUCAGGAAACUUGGGAUAAUGCACACACUUCUUGGGAUGAACUGAUGGAACAGAUGCGUGAAAGUGACCAAGAACAAGAUAAGCCUGCUACUUUCAAUGAGGAUGACAGUAAUCGUGUUCCACUGGGCCCAGAAGUAUGUGUUGAGAUGAGAAAGCGACUGACGGAACGAAGGAGCAGAACCACAAUCGAGAGGGCAGUUAGGGGUUAACCAGAACAAACCGUGGAUCCAUAAACAGGGGGACGGGUCCAGGAAUGAUGACGUCGACGAGCAGAACAUGUGGCAGCAGGAAAACGGACGCAGAAAUGAUGAUGUCUUAUUCGCCCAUAAACAGGGUGGAUGGGAGCAAGUUCGAUUCAUGAGUGACGAUAUGGGCGAAAAAUUGAUGCAGAUACCAGCAGAUGAACCCAACGAACAGGACAUGUGGCAGCAGGAAAAUGAUGAUGACUUAGUCCGUGAACAGGGUGGAUGGGACCAAGUUGGAUUCAUGAGUGACGAUAUGGGCGAACAAGGGAUGCAGGAACCAGAUGAAGUUAACCAACAGGAGAUGUGGCAGCAAGAAAAUGGAUUCAAUGUGGAGAAAGAACGGGCACGGCAACAGAUGGAAAAUGGGUUCCGAGACAGAGAUACCAAUGAGCAGAGGAUGUGGGGAGAGGACAAUAGGUUCUCAGAAGAGCAGCAAGUAGGAAGGUUCGAUAUGGACAAACGAGAGAUGCAGCAACAAGACGAUAUCAACAAACGAGGGAUAUGGCAACAAGACAAUGGAUUUACCAAACAAAAUGGCUUUGUCAAUGAGCAGGAUAUAUGGCAACAGGAAAAUGGAUUAAAUGCUAACGAACAGGGGGCGUGGCAAAAGUGGGUGGUCCAGAAUUCAAGGAUAAUGUCAACAUGCCGGAAUUAUUGAAGCAGGAAAGCGAGCUAAGGGAUAGUGAAAAAGACAAAGAUCCGUGCCAAGACGUUACCGGAGAGAGAGAACGAGUCAAUUGUGACAUUAAAAAUGCAGAAAAGCGGAUGAGUGAGUUGGAAGCAAAGCUAGAAGAACUGGAAAAGAAAGAAACAGAGCAGGCAAACCUAACAGAGUGCGAGACUGGAGAAAAAUGUGCCAAUCCAUGUGAGUGUGUCACGUGGAACGAGAAGGAUGAGUGCAUCGAAAAGGAAGCGGAAAAGUGCUGCAACAUUGAGUACGACCCGUCGUGUAAGGCAGGCAAGGAUAACGCAAAGACAAAGACGGAGGAAGAGAUCAAGGAGGUGUCUGAUAAGCUGGAAACCUUCAAGAAAGAGCACGAGGGGCUGAUCAAUAAGCUCGUUGAGCUUGACAAAGCUGCACUCCACCCAUCGGAGAAGGGGGCCGACUCUACGCCACAGGAUGGGCGCGCGCCGCCAGAGCCGAUUACUUCCCAGUCGUCGCCGACAGAGACUGGCGCAGCCCGCAAAUGCGCUGGACUCGCAAUCACUCUGUUGUUGGUAACGGCGGCGAUCUUCGGCAGCUCACAGGCCCUCGCCAUCGAGCGCAGACCCGAAGACGCCCUGCUGGACGCAUGGCUGCAGGAACAGAUGGAAGAGGUCCAAUCCUCCCCUGAAUCAAACGCCGCCGCGGACUUUGGGGCCCCGCUAGGCGAAGACCUGGGCUACGCCACUCCGGGUCACGCAGAAGAACACGAUGACAUGACCGCCUUCUUCGAUAACCAGGACCACGAUGCCUUUGCAGACACUGAAGACAACGCGGGACACCACACUAACCCCCAGAUCGAAAAAUAUCUCGCGGAUUUCUUCGGGUUUUCCGAAACAACAGCACAAGGAGGAGACACUCAGCCUGACACAGUUCUAGAAGGCUAUCCAUGGGCUGUAGAUUCUCCUGUUACGAAUCAGAGAGUUCCUUCAGGACCAUCUGCAGACAUGGCAAACUAUGUGGCCAACUAUUUCAACAGACAAUACCCGAGUACAGUGCAGGAGACUCCUGAAACCUGGAGAAAAAACGGAGUAGAUCAGCAGGGAGUUUCUUCGCCAGCAGAUAUGGCAGAUUAUGUGGCCAACUAUUUCAACAGGCAACACCAGCAGAGCACUGUGGAGGAAACCCCAGAGACAGGCUAUGGAAAUCAUGUACUUGCAGCUACAGAUAAUGAUGGGAACAUGCAGAAAGAUGUGGUCGGUGAGGAUGGUGUUAACAACUACUUUGAAUCUUUUGGAGACUGGAGUCAGUGGAGUGACUCGGUCCAGGGGGAGACCACUUCUCAGAACCUUCCGUCAGAUGAUCUGGAGCUGUGGUUCCAGGCUAUGAGAGAACCCAGUGAUGACGGCGAGGAAGUGGAGGAGGACAUGGAGGAGGACGUAGACACUUCGAAACUGAAUGUUAACUUUAUGGAUGACUACCCGGAUGAGCUUUUCUCAGAGGCGAUGCUGCAGGCUAUGAUGCAGAUGGACCCAGAGUGUCUGGAGUGGAAGGAGAAGAUGGAGAAGGGUUACCAGUCUAUGAGAGAGCAUGGUAUGAGGCUGCAGAAGAGUCUGGAGGCCUACCAAAAAGCAAUGGAUGACUACAAGACCAGGAAAGCCGUGCCGUGUAAAAAAGAUUGUCCUAUGAAGUGCAUCCCUAUGAGGGUUGGAGAGGAGUGCACCGACAUGGUGAAUGGAACUUGCAGGUCUAGAGUUCCGAAAAUUGUCGACUGUGGCAGAAAGCAACGUGACCCAGGCUGCGAGGCAGAAGAGGCCAGGUGCAGGAGCCAGAUACUGCCACUGGUGGAAGAGAUGGAGAGAGCAAAGAGGGAGGUGGACCGGGCGAAGGAGGAGCUGGACACAGAGGCCAGGAAGAGAGAGAUAGAGAUGGAGAAGUUUCCACAGCGUUGUCAGGAGAGUGCUGGAGGUGGUAUUGUGGAGGAAGAAGAGGUGGAGAGGAGGGCAUAUUUUGCAGAGUAGGGCCUCCUGAACUUUGAACUGAGUAGUAAAUAGUGUAGGCUAGUAGCUAGCUAUUAGUGAGAGUGUAGUAGAACAUGUUGAUUACUAUGCGACAAAAAACCUUUUUAGUGUGUUGGAGAUGGUAUAUACUGC